GGGGUGAGGAGGGGGGAGACGUGCAUCCACAGCCAGGAGUCUCUGCGGAGCGGACACGCGUGUUUUUCAUCAUGUAGAAGCAGAAAGACGAACAAACUGCAGCUUCAGCUCCAAACUUCAGCAUGAAGCUUCUGUGACACAAACAGCGACUGACGCACUCGGAUUUUUUUUCUGCAGAGGAUUAGAAUAAAAACGCAGGAGCAGAAAAUGGCAGCCGCAGACUUCUUCUUCUUCACUUUGUGGAUUGCCACUGUCCUCACUCCUGGACUCAGCUGCCCGGAGCUCUGCAAAUGCUCAGAUAAAUACGGCCGCCAUUUUGCUGAAUGCUCCUACAAAGACUUGGUUGAAGUCCCGGAUGGUUUGCCUCCAAAUGUUACGACUUUGAGCCUCUCCGCUAAUAAGAUAAGCUUUAUCCCACUGGGGAGCUUCGACAACGUCACCCGGGUGACCUCGCUGUGGAUGGCCCACAACGAGAUCGUCUCCAUUGAACACGGGACCCUCUCGCCUUUGGUUCACCUGCGCAACUUUGACAUCAGCCACAAUAAAAUCGUAGACUUCCCCUGGGAGGACCUGCAGAACCUCACGGCUCUGAACAUGCUGAAGAUGAACCACAACGAGAUGGUCCACCUGCCGAGGGACGCCUUCGUCAACCUCAGUGACCUGAGAUCCCUCCGACUCAACAACAACAGGUUCGUGACCAUCGUUGAGGGGACGUUCGACAGUUUGGUGGCUUUGUCGUAUCUGCAGAUUUACAGCAACCCCUUCUCAUGCACCUGCUCCCUGGACUGGUUCAGAGUCUGGAUCUCUACAACCGCCAUCUCAGUGUCGGAGCAGAAUCUGAUCAUCUGCGCAACUCCUGACAAACUCAAAGGCAAAGCGAUCGGAAAUCUGCCUGAGUCGAAGUGUAUGAGCCCGAAUGUUGUAAUACGAUCUGAGCCAAACGCAAAACUCCACGAGGACAGUAAACUGGUUUUGACUUGUGAGUUCAAAGGAAACCCAAAGCCGCUGGUCAUCUGGAACAUUCAGAGCAGAAGCCUGAAACAGGAGGUACCUUUGUUGUUCACUGAGAAUGACUCUGCAGAGUCUAAAGAGGAAUCCUUCAAGUCCCACUAUUCUGUUAAAGUCUUCAAUAAUGGGACUCUUGUCAUUUCUAAGCUCAGGAAGGAAGAUGGUGGCAACUACAGCUGCUCUGCUACGAAUGAGUUCGGGAGAGACGAGGAUUUGGUGUUCGUUGAGGUUGUGGCGUCGCUAAAACCAACAGCCGUUGAAGAAACAACCACAGCAGCGACUUACACUCAAACAAGCCCACCUAUACUUGAAUCAACAGGCCAAAUAUCCAUCUUUGAUGCUGUGCAUCUCCCUGAUUUAAAGACAAAAGACAUCAUGAACGUUAUACCAACUUCUCCUCCGACCCUAGAUGUCGAGACCUACCAGGACACAACAAGAUAUCCGCCACGUUCGAGCAAAUGCAGCUUGACGCCGAACACGAGAUAUGUUUCGAGCCACGUCUUCAACGGCAGCCUGGACGACAUCAAGCAGUACACAUUCGACUUUGGUGUCAUUGCAUUAGGUGUGUCAGAAACUGAGGCGAUGGUGCGACUCAAUCCUCUACUCAUACCCAGAGACAAGAGCACCAACCAGGCCACCUCAUCUGAGAGCUUUGAGGCCGACAGUGAAGAAGAAGAUGGCCUCUCAGACGCCUCUGAAGAAAUCCACUCAAACGGCUUGUAUUUGUGCAUCACUGCUGACCGUAAACACUUGGCGGUGCAGUGGUCGAGGAUCGAGGAGGGCGUCAACAUGUACCUGUUCACCGGUUUGCGUCCAGGCACCAACUACUCACUGUGUCUGACCUACCGAGGAGAGGACUGCGAGGUCCAGGUGCUGUUCACCACCAGGAGGAAGGUGCCCAACCUGCUCAUCAUCAUAUCGGUUAGCAUCUGCCUCCUGACUGUCUCCACUGUACCGCUGCUCGGCGCUACCUGCUUCCACCUGGUGUACAAGUACCGCAGCAAGACCUACAAGCUGAUCCUGAAGGCCAAAGACCAGUACCACAUGGAGAGGAACCUGGCCGCCAACUUUAACCUCCAUGCUCCGCACACCGAGUCCCAGAGGAAGAUCAACGGCAGCCAGCUGGACGAGGAGGAGGGCGAGACGGAGAGCGCAGACGAGGAGAAAGAGGCCGAUACCGAGGAGAGUGUGGUGACCGAGUCUUUUUCUUUGUCUCAGUGCAGGAAUUUAGAUGACUGCGAGAUGGGAUCAGAGUACAGCGACCGGCUGCCUCUGGGAGCUGAAGCAGUGAAUAUUACAAGCAACUACAAAUAUCCAAAUCAGUAACUGGUGGCAGAUUUUGCAGCUUAUAUUUUUAUUUUUUUGCAUUUAAUCAUAACCAAUAUUUUCUUCUGCUUGUGCCAACUUGUUAGGUUCUGUUUAGCUUUGCAGAAAUACAGUGAUCAGACCAAAUAUAUGUAUUCGCUUUGAACCACAAGUCAGGCUACAACGCUGAGUGACUGAGCUGCAGCCAGCAGUCAGGCUCUAUUGAUUGUGAGUGGAAAUUUUCCAGACAAACAUUGUAGAGAGAGCUGAACUAGGCUUUGUUUAAGUCCAUAUGUUUUUAUAGUUGGAAAUAAUCCAGCUUGAUUUCUUCCUUCAAAAUGUUUCUUUGUCAUUCUUGCUUGUACCGUUGGGAAAAGAAGCUCACAGAAACAGCACAUAAAAGCAGAUAAGACAAGAUGUUUUUGUUACAGAGAGAAACUGAAUGACCCACCAUGAAAGCAGUUAAUGUCUGUGUAGCUUCUUGUUUUUUAAUAAUAGUUUUCUAUCUUGGGAAAUGUGCUUAUCUGAUUUCUUGACAAGUGAGAACAUCUGCACCACUUUUACUCAGCCACACCCAGUAGACCAUUAGCUUAGCUUAGCUUAGCUUAGCAGAGGUAUACAGUCACCUUUUUAUUCAUCUAGUUGGUUUACUGAAAACACACAGAGAACAUGCUCUUCUUUUAAUAACAGAUAACGCUACAAAUCUUUAAAUGUGCAUCUGAAUCCAGAUUUGCACUAAAGUACACCUAGUGAUAGACAAUCAAGGGAUGCAUGUAUCAGAUAUUUUAAAUUGUAACAGAGCAGGGAGUUUUUUUCUUCUCAUUGUCGCCAAAGUGCUUGCUCAAAGGGAAUGUUUUGCAUUUGUUGGUUUUCUCUGAACAACAUAAGGUCAUCACGUUACUAUGAGAAGUGCCCUGAGAUGUUGUCAACUGCAAUGUAUAAAUAAAAUUGAAUUGCAUUAAAUAAGAAACAAAAUCAAACUACACAUUGUAAAAAAAAAAAAAAAAAAGAA